CGUUAGGGUAACGUACUUUACGUAUUGUCACGACGCUACUAAAACGUUAGAUUUGAUUGCAUCAUUCAAUCGGACUCGGUCGUUCCGAUCAACAGUCUACGAGUGUCGUCGAAGUCGAUCGAAACAAUACAAUGGAAGAAUAUUUGGGAAAAAGCUACGUGAUGGUCAGCGAGGAGAACUUCGAGGCCUACCUCGAGUACAAAGGCUUGAAUUACUUCAAGCGCAAGAUAGCCGUGAACGUGCGGCCGACGCAGACGCUGCGGCGCAACGAGAGCGGGACUUACACGUUCACUGUGCACGCGGCCUUAUUCCACUGGGAGGUGGAGUUCACACCCGGCGUGGAAUACGAAGCUGACUCGCCUGGCGGUGAAAAGGUCACUGGAGUGAUAACAUUUGAAGGGAACGUGAUGAAUCACGUACAGAGAGACAAGGGUGGCGUGUCGACACACAAACUAGUGUUUGGUCCAGAGGAGACGCUCGUGACGACAACCAUGGAGGGAAUGGACACUGUUGUAAAACGGGUUUACAAACUAGUCGAGUAGUCUUAUUAUUAAUAGUUAAUUGUACUUCUUGAUUUAUAAGACUGGUCGAUAUUUGAACAUUGUUUGUAAGAUGUAAAUAUGUAUACUUAAUUUAUUUUAUUAAUGUGAUAUCUAAACAUAUUUAUAAUUAUUAAAGAAGAUGACAGUGACAAUUUAAGUUCAAUGUUUAUUAUCAAAAAGGUUAAAAAUAUCAUUGAUGUAAACAAGUAUGUAUAUUGCACAUUUUUUGUUGAUAAUACGAUUAUUAUACUGACGUAAGUCUACGUUCGUAAAACGUUUUCUUCGAACUUUAGUUUAUUGUUCCACGUUAGUAACUGUAACGCAAUUAAUGUAAUUCGAUAUUUUUUUUAAUAAA